AUGCAUCUGCCGGCCGCCGCGGCCGCCGACUGGAGAAGGGAGAUGACGUGGAGGGCCGAGGAGGAGACGAGGCCCGAAGUGGGCUCGUCCACAAGCAAGACUCCCGGGCCACAUGGCCGAGGCAAGGUCUCGGAUGACCUGGCAGGCCCGGUGGUAGGGAAGACGGAAGAGGCCGGUGUAGGUGAAGGUCUCCUCGACCGUGAGGUGGGGGAAGAAGGAGUCGUCUUGGCUGACGUAGCCCGACAGGCAGCGGAAGGCGGAAGGGUCGACGGGGCGACAAUAAUCAAGUUUGGGAACGAUAAUCAACAGUUGGGUUCUGACGAAGCUACCCAGAAUCAGUAA